AUUCAAUUUAUAUCCAUCUAAAUAUCUAUGUAGAUACACUAUAUUUGAAUAAUGAAAUACAUGCUCCACAGGUUGGGCACUUAUGUUUUGUGUCAUUUUGUAAAGCGUGUAAACUCAGGGUCAUCAAGGCUAUCCAAAUUCAAUUUAGUGCAACCUCUAUUUAAGUAAGACUCUCCAUAAUUUAUUUCCAAUAUUGCACUCAGAGAGAGUAAACAUGGUGAUGUCAUUGUAUAAAUUGAACCCCACUCUUCCCAGUUGUGCUGACUUCAGAUUUGGGUGAUGUAAUACUUUUUUUUCAUCUGCUUGAUGUUUGUUGGGUUGCAGCUGAAAGCAGAGAGAAUAAGAGCCCAAAGCUCAUGCAGGAACUGAACUGUGCUCUAAAUAUACUUCAAAUUUUGACUUUAAAUUUCUUCUCAAGACUGCUGAACUCAUUACUCUGCUUUUUAUUCUUUAUGAACAUUAGCUGAGUCUAGAGAACUAACUUGGACAUUGUUCCUGCUCUGUGUGGCGGGAGGGAUUGUCCGCCCAGGCCCCUAAGUUAUUUCUCAAGGUCUUUAUCUUACUAGGUGUCAUAUUCUCUCAUUAUGCUGCUUUUACUUGUAGCUCUGCUGCGACUUGGAGUCUUCGGGCUUGGUCUCUGAUGCCAAAUAAGGUUGUGUUAUAAAAAGGAAAUGCAAUUGAAUUAUCGUGUGGUGAAGACUGAUUCAUGACCAACUACAGAAGGAAAAGGUUACUUUAAUGCUUUAUUCUUCAGCUAAUGGAAUCCUGACCAGAAAUUGCCAAGUUCAAUCAAACUGUCGUCAAAGGAAAGUUUAGCCAAAGCUGUGACUCUGCAAAUUGAAAAAAAAAAGCAAGCUGAAUAAUGAGUCCCAAUUAAAUCCGUCAGACUAUAGAAGAUCAAAUUUCUCAGGUGUUUUUCACACUGAUUGAUAUGGUGACAUAUCAUUGCACUGCACAUAUGGAGAAAACAUUUAUACGAGAUUGUAAGUUGUGAUGUUUUCAGACAUUCAUUACUCACACGGCAUCUCUGAAGAUAUUUUCCAUUUUUCCUCGAGCAUGAUAAAAGAGAGGUAUGUAUUGCAACGAGGCAGAUUACCAGAGUGAUAUACAAGAAACAGAUGAUGGCUCCUGCGAGAGGGAGCCACGCUCUGCAGUAUGUCACCUUGAACUAAGCCAUCAUUAUUGAAUCUGCUGAAGACAACACAGAGGGAGAUAGCGCUGAGAGGAGGACAGGAAUGGGAAGGAUAAAGUUUGCUCACGGUGAGAACGACAGAAAGAGCUGAUUGAUUGAAAUAUAGUCAGGCCGUGGCAGGAAAAAUAAAAGACCACGAUACAUGACAGAAAUGUAACUCAAGUAGAAAACAUUCAUUUUCCUCUUGAUGUGUGGUUGAUUUCUGGUAAUUAUUAAUCGGCAACCCACAAUUUCGCUGUAAGCCAGAGUGGUCUAAUGGUCAGAUAUUCAUCAUCAGUGUCACACUGGUAAAGAAGUUAUGAACCUUAUAAUUUCCUACAAUCACAGUCGACAUCAAAUCCAUCCACAAGGUUGUAAAAAUGUGUGAACAAACCACAGAUUAUUCUGAAGCCUAAAAAAUUAAAUAUUUAAGUAAUACACUACACUGACUUAACUGCAAAUCCUGCAGAUUCGUAAGCAAAAAUAUAAUAUGUUUUGGUGUAAUCAUGGUGUCAAUCACAUAACUCAAACCUCAGAGCUGAACCAUGGGAAAAUCCAUGCAAUGAAAAUGAUAUUUCAUAAUUUAGUCACAGCUCUAAUGCCAGGCUAUCUCAUCCUCAGCUGUGCUGGAUAAUGCAUUACUCAUUAAUACAAAAAAAAAAAAAAAUCGCAUUUGAUUGCACAGACUACAUGUUGUUGCUACACAACGUAGUUAUUGGCCUUGCCCCUCCUGUACAGUGGUUAUAAACAGGAGUCUGCUGGGUGGACACACUGGUAUGGAAAUAGGGAAUUUGUGCACCUGGCACACAUACAUCCUGGCACAUUAGGAGCUAUUGUGCUCUGCAGCUGUUUAGCAUAUGUUCUUGAAUUUAUAUAUGCAGACAGAACAUCCUUUCAUGAAUAGAAAGGUGAAGCACAUAAAGAACCAUUUUAAAUGGUUAGCACAUGUGUUUAGGGUCAGAGAUCAGGUGGUGGUGGUUAAACAUAUACAGUUAUUUCAAGGGUAGGAAAUAAAAGUUCUUGAUGUCAGUUCUCACAGUUGUCACUGGUGUAUGUGUUUGUCAAAGCCACAUUCAGUCACACAUUUCUUUCUGUUUUAGACUUUAGUGUUUAUGUGUAAUGUUAACAGUCAACUGUCAAGCUGAGACAGAAAACAAAACUUAGACAGUGUUAGAGAAUCUGUGUGUGUUUUGUGGAGACACAUGCACACUGGAAUGACCUGUUCUGUUCUGACAAACGAUUUAGUUUGCUGCCUGACUUGACUUUCCUGUUUAAGCUUUAGGCGUUAAAUGGCAAAAAGGAGAUUAUAAGCACAAGAGAGGGAAGUCCUUUUCUAAAUAGAGAAGGGAGGUAAGAAUAAGAGGAAGACAGAGACAGAGAGGGCUCACAUGUUUUAGCUGCUGUUGUUAAGGUAAGUCUGCAUUUUGAUUUAACCAGGUAGUCUGAUACUGGGAGUAAUUUGAUAUACGGUAUAAUGUUGUGUUCAGAUUAGUUUGGGCUUGUUUGGGUUGGAUUAGUGUGUUAACUGACUUACAUGCCAUUUCCCUUUUUAUAAUGAAGUUUCACAAGAUUUAGAAAUGAACAGAUGUAUCAGGGCUAGCUGUCUGGUGAACUUUCAUAAUGCUGAGUUUGAAAAAGCUUGAAGGUGAACAAACACAUUUAGAAGUCAGUGAUGUUCAAUUUAUUGAUUGUCCUGUUUUACAGGUGAUAUCAUCCUAUCCUGCUAUCAAAAAUAUAAUCAAGAAUUCAUUAAACAUUUUAAACUUAGAGGGGUUCAAGAUCAGAUAAAAGCAUUUGGCAGUUUCAGUAGUCAGACACAACUACUCUAGAAUUUUAUUUCAAUACAUGUUACAUCUAGUUUAGGAAGAUUUUACAACUUCACAUAACAGUAGAAACACUUUUGUAGACUCUGCAUCUCUGAAACGUCUACAUUUUCAUGUCUUAUUUAUAGCAGAUUUACUCCCACAUGUACCAUAUUUCACCACAAUCUUUCAUAACCCAGAGACAAAGCCAAAACAGUAUUGACUGAAGUAUCAAAUACCGAUGUGUGUCAGCGUAAAUAUCAACCAGUGUGCCAUGUUCUAGUACCUGUAAUGGAUCUGACAGAGCUCUGCUGUAACAGUGCUAUAAGGGUGUUGCAUCUGAUAGCUGAGAGGGUGGGGCUGUCUUUCUCAGAUCCAUCUGUUCAUCCACCCUUCGCCUUUUAGACCCAGAGGAAGAGUUGUGUUGUGAGCAGCAGAGAAGAGUCUGUGGAUAUAGGAUAGGAUGCAGUGCUAACUUUGGCUGAGGUACAGUUGUUUUUGAACAAGCCUCUAACAUAUCGCAAACAGAACUGAACUGGAAACAGCAAGUGACUUUGUGGAUAUAAUAGGAAGAGCAUGAUGCUGAUGGCGCUCAUUUCUUGUCUGUUUGUCAUAGUUUGACUGUAAACAGAAGGGCAAAGAUUAAAAAUUAAAUUAAAAAAGAAAGCAACAGAACAAUUGGAGUAGCUUAAUUCAGUUCAAUUACUGUUUUUCAUGUUACAUUCUGAAAUAUUCCUUUAAUCCUGAAGCUAACAUGAUGGGACAUGGAGGCUGCUGUCCCUGUGUGUGACAUGGCAUCAUUGCUGUCAAUGUGUAUAUAUAAUAUGUUCAUGACUUUACAUGAAUAUGUGUGAAUUUUAGCAGCCAGUGAGUCUGUCAGUCAUGCAGGCAGCUGGUCUAAUCUGCCUGCAGUCUGUGGUAGCCCCAGCGGGUUGCCAUGGGUGAUGAGAGAUGCAGAUGUUGUUGCUGGGUUAGAGAAACAGUCUAAACUGUCACGGUCAACAAGUUUGUGAGGAUUAGGGAAAAAAACCCAAAAACGAAUGAUCUGAAGCUAUUUUUGAGAAAAAAAACAUCUAUUAACCCCUCUCCUCUCUUUCUCCUGUUGCCCUCACAGUUACUUUUACACACACACACACAUCAUGGUAACGUGCAGUUGGCAGAGAGCAUGUGUUGACUGCAAAAGCUGCUACCUAACAGAUAUAGACAGCUGUGCUUUCUGGUGUUGACUCCACAGGUCCAGCCACAGCGCUGUAUCAGCUUACAACACCUUUAACUAGUUAAUAUUAACUCCUUGAUAAGUUCUGUAUGUGUAUGUGGUUCUGUCGGCAAGGCAAAGGGAGUGAUAGAUUUAUAGAUUUUCAACUACCUGUGAGUACUGCAGCUAGCGUAGAGAAUAACAUUAAUUUUAUUAGUGCUGUUAGAAUGUAGUAAUGUACAGGUUGUUACUGGAAUACAGUCAUUCAAACGGCUGUAAAACACCAGUUAAACACUCCCCCAGCGGCAGACCUUCCUAGCUAAAGAGCUACAGUUCAUUGGUAGGGAAUUCAGUUCCUGGUUUCCUCCUGCUUUGUAUUUUAUGGUGGUAUUGAAUGGGCAGCAUCCUACGCUGCUGUAAUUGUGUGUGAGUGGCACUAGCUGUCAAAGUCCUUUAAAGAAGGUCAUACAGUAGUUGAUGUUUUUUAAGUUUUUAUUUCAAUUUAGUGACUUUGUAAUUCAACAGCAGUGUACUGUGUAGAAGCCAUCUAAAGAGGAAGCAUGGGGCUGCUGUUGUAGAAUGCUUUUCUUAAUUUCUUCCUCUAAACCAGACUUUUUUUUUUAGAACAGGAAGUUAAAUUUUAGUGCCUGAAUUGACAUGACUUUUAAGUGAGUGUGUAUAGCCUAAACCCACCCUGCACACAUGAUUGCGAUUACACAUCACAUACGUGCGCCAAAAUCUGAGCACAAGACACAAAGCAUGCAGACCAUUAUCACCCUCACAGCUUGUUUAUGUGACAAGGUGGAGACCUCGGGGACGAGGAUGUGUGAACACACUUAAGGAUGCAUGUGUUCGGGUGAGCGUGUGUUUAUGUGUGUGUGUGUGUUACUAUCUGAGGAAGUGGUUGCUUAUCAGCGUGUGUGCAUGUGGGUGUGAGAGGCUGUUGGGAAAGUAUCUCAACUGCCCUGCCCUCUUGACACAGCUAUGUUUAUGCAGUGCAAGAGUGUCAGACACAGUGAAGCUGGUCAGCGAGAUCUGCUGCUGUCAACACUAAUGUUACCAAUUCUGCAGAGUUCUUCGAUAUGCUGGAGAGAAUGCAGGAUGACUAUAUACCCUACCCACGAAUAGAAGAUGUCCUGGAGAAAGGUGGUCCAUACCCCCAGGUAAUCCUGCCACAGUUUGGGGGCUACUGGAUUGAGGAUGUGGAGGCUCCAGCUGGGACCCCGUCCUCCUCAGAGUCCAGUUUCUGUGAGGAGGAAGAUGGAGGAGAGGGCAUGAGUCCCGGUGGGGGGCACAGCUACCGCCUGGAGUGUAACAGCACAGCCCGCGCAUACCGCAAACACUUCCUAGGGAAGGAACACAUGAACUACUACUGUACUGGCAGCAGCAUAGGCAACCUCAUCAUGUCUCUGAAACACGAGGAGGGUGAGGGACAGGAAUUCCUACGCAUCAUGCUCAGGUCGAGGACCAAAACAGUCCAUGAUAGGAUCUCUUUAUCAGGCAUCAACCAGCUGCCCAGUGUACCUCAGAUUGCAAAGCUGCUGUGUGACGACGCCACAGGACUGAAGUUCAACCCGGUCCUGUACCCUCGGGGAUCUCAGUUGAUAGUGGCUUAUGACGAGCAUGAGGUGAACAACACCUUUAAAUUUGGAGUCGUCUACCAGAAGUUUGGACAGACGUCAGAGGAAGAGUUGUUUGGGAACAAUGAAGAGACCCCGGCGUUCAAGGAGUUUCUCAGUAUCCUGGGUGGCAAUAUUGAACUUCAGGAUUUUAAAGGGUUCCGCGGUGGGCUGGAUGUGUCCCAUGGACAGACAGGCUCUGAAUCUGUCUACACUGUCUUCAGACAGAGAGAGAUUAUGUUCCACGUGUCAACCAAGCUUCCCUUCACCGAGGGAGACGUUCAGCAGCUCCAGAGGAAAAGGCACAUAGGAAAUGACAUCGUGGCAGCAGUCUUCCAGGAAGAGUCCACACCAUUUGUCCCAGACAUGAUCGCCUCCAACUUUCUGCAUGCGUAUGUGCUGGUGCAGGUUGAGAACCCAUGUACAGAGAACACAACAUACAAGGUGUCUGUUACAGCGAGGGAGGAUGUGCCUCCUUUUGGACCCCCUCUUCCAAACCCAGCUGUCUUUAAGAAGGGUCCUGAGUUCCGAGACUUCUUGCUGACAAAGCUGAUCAAUGCCGAAAACGCCUGCUACAAAUCUGACAAAUUCGCCAAACUAGAGGGGCGAACGCGAGCUGCACUGCUGGACAACCUCCACGAUGAGCUGCACAGACAGAGUCAGGCUACGCUGGGUCUGGGCCAGGCGGGAGAGGAGGACAAGCUGGAGAAUGGGGGGCACGGGGGUCUGCUGGAAACCUUCAAGAGAGCCAUGCGUGUCAGGAGUCACUCCAUGGAGACCAUGGUGGGGUCUCACCGCCACAGGAGCCCCGGCGUAGGAGGUGGGGUCCCAGCCAGCCUGAGCGGAGGAGGACUGCCGCAGAGCACCAGCGAGUGCACAAAGAGCACUUUCACUCCCCCAGCAUUGUCAGCCAAGUCUCCCUUGAAGAGUCCAGUGAAACGGCGUUCAGGACUCUUCCCUCGUCUCCACUCCAGCACAGAAACCCCAGACAAACACACACGCAGCAGUGACCAAAAGCUUGCCGAGAUCUGCCCACUUUCCCAGGAAGUGAGGUCAGAGACAUCAUCCAAUCCCAGCUCACCUGAGAUCUGCCCCAACAAAGAGAGGCCGUUUAUCAAGCUGAAGGAGUGCAGCAGCGGCAGACCGAACAUCUCACGUUCUUCAUCCAGCACCAGCAGCUUCAGCAGCACCACGGGAGAAACAGAAGCGCUGGAAGAACUAGAGACAGCCAGCCACCCCUCCAUAGCGUCCUCCUCUGCCUUUAGUCCUUCCCUCAGCGUCGACACCCAGGGAUCAGGUACGCCCGUCAUCAUGUGCCGCAGUCCCACAGACGGUAAAAAUAAGACGUCACCGAGGUCAAACUUGAAGUUCCGAUUUGAUAAAAUGAGCCACUCAUCCACAGCUUCCGAGUAGCUUUGUGGAAUGGAAAAAAAAAACAGACUUGCACAACAAAGGGACUGCACAGGCUGAUGGACCUGAAAACAACAACAACAACAACAACCCACAAAAAACAGCCACAACAUCAAGACAAAAUCACUGUAGAACCACUUUCCUAAAGCCAAGGAUAAUCUGACAAGAUUCCCAACUGCACCUGAGUCACCACACACUAUAAACUAACUGACAAUACUGUGAGCGUAUAGUGAGGAGAAGCAGCUGAGAUGUUGGCUUGAGCUUCUUUUUAACCAGCCUUUAGCUACAGAAAUUAGUCAAUACUUUGCCGAUAUUACAAGUUGCUGCAUAUCAGUUGUUAAUCGUUCACAUCACAUGAAAAGUCCUGGCAUGGCUGUAGUACUGUGAGUGUUAGGCCGAGCUCUACUCUGCCUAAGCUUUUUCUCAAGCAUCUUGUUUAAUAGAGAGAUAUGGUAACCUAGAAGAAUGGUAACAUGAGACCAUAUGGCCGAACUGUUACUCUUUAUCUAGUCGACUGUUGAGCGCUCAGCAGAGAGGAAAAUCAAUUGUCAGACAGCUGGAUGUUCUCCUUUGCCUUUGCCCUCGAAUGGUACGUCUGGCAACAGUUCCUCUUUUGCCUAAAACAGUACGCAGACACACACACACACACACACCCACGCACAGAAACAUAAUGUAGUAGCAAAGCCUCAGAGGUGACGAACAGUGGGAGUUUCAACUCUCCACUGUAGGAUCUGAACUUGUCUUUUGCAUAUAAAUUUGUUUUUUUUAGGGAACAUCUUUGAUUUUCGGACUGUUUUUUGUAACCUUGCUGGCUGCUGCAUUGUGUCCGCUGCACUAUAAACACAACAUUGUUGAGGAUCAGUCGAUAUAUAUGAUAGCAUUUCUCUAUCUUUAAGGGUAACUUCAAAUCCCUGAACUCAAGUGCUUGGUUAAUGGAAAAUAGCGCACAUGGGGCAGAGUAGGAGACACUGCCGACACAUUUUGCCAUAAGCUUAUUUUAGCCAAAGCUGCGCCUUACAAUCUAUCAAAAGCCCCUUUCUCUCCCCCUCUCUCUCUCUCUCUCUCUCUCUCUCUCACUAUGUGAGAGGACGAGACUCUUCUGGAUCUGGUUACAGCACAGUUGUGGGUAGCCGAUCAACACCCACAUUUGCUGAAAAUAGACGUUGCACUUACUGACAACAUUUCACCCUCUGAUACCUCCCAUUGAAGCUUGCUAGCUCGGUGUACCUGCGUUUAUGUUGGGUGGAACUUUUGAACGGGAAGUCUUCGGGGUUUAAAGUUUCCCAGCAUCGGAGCUGAUGACGAUGACUUGAAAAAGACGCUUCAGGUUUAAACAAACCUACGAAACCAACUUUGGCAAAAAAAACACUUUGAAUGUGAACUUGGAGCUUUCCUUUUUGUAAUUUAAAUUGUAUGCUUUGUUGGUUGUUAUUACACAGUCUCUUAGAAGUAAGUUGCAAAGCCAGUCGCUUACAAGCACAACAGGACAAUAGGCCUACUCUAGUCAUCAACUGUACUAUAACAUUAGCCUCGAGCUGCACAAACUAGAGGUGGUAGGGCAAAGUGUGAGGGAGCAAAUCUAAAUAGCUUAAAGACACACAGAUGUGUUUCCUAUGUGACCAAACAACCAAACUAGUCUUUGGAAGAAAGUCUAUCUACUCUUAACUGUUACUGAGAGGAUGGCUUAACAGUGUGUGAAACUCAAACACAUGAAGUUCGAAACCCAGAGGGUUUAAAGGCUUAGUUCACCCAAAUUACAAAAACCCACUUUGUAAUUUAGGUGACCUUUUAAGUCUCCAGAAAGCUGUUAAGUUUCUCUCCACGACUUUCUGAUAGAAGCAGAUGUGUUGAGUAACACACGCAGACCAGUGAUUACCUCGAGCGAGGGAAGCAGGGACAGAAAUCAUCCGGACAGAAACAGGAAGUUCAGAUGUCAUUUAGUUUGUAGCAGGUAUGGCCUAAACACCCUGCAGCCUUCUUUCUGUUAAUAUGCUUAAUUUAUUAAAUGAUAACUUCUUUUGCAUUGAUGUCAUGUAAAAAUGUAACUGCAGAGUACGCUAAUUAAUAAGGUAACAUGAUUAAAGGAAAUAUAUUAAUUUAAAAGAUGUCUAAAUAUGUAUAUGUAUAUUUCGUUAUGUCAUGUGCCAUUGAGAAUUUAUUCUAAAAUAAAAUGUUGUAUUUUGUGUCA